GACUACGACACGUCCUCAUGAGUCCUCAUGGAUCAAGAUGGCACUUAAACGUAAGAGGUCGGUUUUUGCCAUGCUCUGUUCUGCUCUCUAGCUGAUCUGCCAAGACUUGACACAGUUCUAGGCUCGAGGUCGGCGUUUCCAAAACCAGACACGUUUGAGUGGAAAUUCGAAGACCUACGCCAUGGCUGCCUCGGAUGAGAACGUGGAAGAGCCCAUGGCACAGCCAAAGGCCAACUUGCCGACUUGCUACUUCUUGGCCACCAGCGCCAAGUGCACCAAGGGCUAUGAGGGCGAGUACCAAUGGGUCAUCGAGUUGGAGAAGGGUUGGAGCCCCUGGUUCCCCGGCAAUGAGCCCUACUACGGCGAGACCGACGCGCCCGUGAAGUACACCUUGGGCCGCUAUGACUUCGAGGUGCACUUCGAGUCGGAUACCCAGGGCACCCAGACGAACUUGACCACGGGCAAGGUCCGGCGCGUCCAGAAGCUCCAGAAGGGUGAGCCCAUGCCCGCCUGGGAGGGCACCGGCAUCCGCCGCCGCCCUGCCACCGGCGCCGGCGGCGCUCCUCCCUCGGGCGGUCUCAACAGCGCGCCGGCGACGUCGGCGGCCAAGCAGGCACAGGCGAACCGGGAGCAGCGUCGGGGGGGCUAUGAUGCGAACAAGGCGGUGCAACCACAUGCGCUGCGACCACAGGUCUCCCAGUCCGCGUACCAAGCGUCGCCCGUGGCGGCGGCUCCCGUGAAGCCCAAGGCGACAGCGGCGCGUACCGCGCCCAGUGGGCCGGCGCCCGCGCCCGGUGGGCAAUUGCCACGGUACAUGAGGCCUUUGAAGUCCAAGCCUUAAGGAUAGCUUUGGGGGAAGAAGUUGGAUAGCUUUGGGGGGAUGGACGUUGAUUUGAUGGGGGUCCGC